GUCGCGGCGGCGCGCCGAGAUGCUCCAUUCUCGCCCGGGCAGCCAGCGUCGUGCGGAGUCUUCUCUCCGGCUGUCUCCUCCCUCGGCCGGCCAGAUCCAUGGGUCCUCACGGCGACGGCCGGAGCCGGGCUCGGGAGCGGCCAGGUCCAGCGGGGCUGCGGCGCUCCGGGGGCCUCCGGGAUGGCGUUGCCGUGUUCGCCACCGUGGCCGCGGUGUUUACCGUCACGCUGCCCCCGUCUGUGCCGGGGGGAGACUCGGGGGAGCUGAUCACAGCUGCACAUGAGCUUGGAGUUGCGCAUCCUCCUGGCUACCCUUUGUUCACACUAGUGGCUAAGCUGGCAAUGACACUGUGGCCUUUUGGGACUGUUGCCUACCGGGUCAAUCUUCUCUGUGGCUUCUUUGGAGCAGUGGCUGCAGCAUUACUGUUUUUCACCGUUUUCAGGCUUUCUGGCUCGCGCGCCGGAGGAAUCCUUGCUGCGGGGGUGUUUUCAUUUUCUCGCCUGACGUGGCAGUGGUCCAUCGCGGCAGAGGUUUUCAGCUUGAACAAUCUGUUUGUGGGGCUGCUUAUGGCUCUUACUGUACAUUUCGAGGAGGCGGAAACUGCAAAAGAGAGAUCAAAGAUAGCUAAAAUUGGUGCUUUCUGCUGUGGCCUUAGUUUGUGUAAUCAGCACACAAUAGUAAUCUAUGUUCUAUGUAUAGUACCUUGGAUUCUCUUUCGGCUUUUAAAAGAGAAGGCGCUGUCCCUGGGAUCCCUGCUGCAGCUGAGCCUGGCCUUCGCAGCGGGCUUCUUGCCCUACCUCUACCUCCCCGUCUCAUCCUACCUCAGCCAGGCCCGCUGGACCUGGGGCGACCAGACCACACUGCGCGGGUUUCUGACACACUUUCUCAGAGAAGAAUACGGAACGUUCAGCCUGGCCAAAUCUGAAAUAGGAUCCAGUAUGUCUGAAGUAUUGCUUUCUCAAGUGACAAGCAUGAGGACGGAACUCUCACUCAACAUUCAAGCCCUUGCAGUUUGGGCAAAUAUAUGUUCAGCAAGAAAGGACAGACAGAAUUCAUCAUUAGUUUGGCUUUUUACUGGAAUGUUUUACAUUUACUCAUUGUUCUUUGCUUGGAGGGCAAAUUUAGAUAUUUCAAAGCCACUUUUCAUGGGCGUGGUAGAGCGGUUCUGGAUGCAGAGCAACGCAGUGGUGGCCGUCCUUGCUGGCCUUGGCCUGGCCACACUCACGUCUGAGACUCAGCGAGCACUGAGGAGCGGUGGGCUUCAGUAUCUGGAAUGGCUUUCGGCAACUCUGUUUGUGGCUUACCAAUUGUAUUCUAAUUAUAGCAUUUGUGACCAAAGGACCAACAAUGUGAUCAGUACAUUUGCAAAGAACCUUCUAGACUCUAUGCCUCAUGAUGCAAUCAUCUUACUCAGAGGCGACUUGCCAGGGAAUGCUCUCCGUUACAUGCACUACUGCGAAGGCUUACGGCCAGAUAUUUCACUGGUGGACCAGGAAAUGAUGACUUAUGAGUGGUACUUACCCAAGAUGGCAAAGCAUUUGCCAGGUGUCCACUUUCCCGGGGACCGGUGGAACCCUGUGGAAGGAGUAUUACCUACUGGAGUGGUCACAUUUAAUCUUUAUCGUUUUCUUGAAAUAAACAAACAGAAAGACACAUUUGUUUGCAUAGGAAUUCAUGAAGGUGACCCAACCUGGAAAAAGAAGUAUUCACUGUGGCCAUGGGGGUCUUGUGACAAACUAGUUCCUUCAGAGAUUGUAUUCAACCCUGAGGAAUGGGUCAAACUCACAAGGAAUAUGUAUAACUGGACUGAAGAAUAUGGAAGGUUUGAUCCAUCUUCUUGGGAGUCAGUUGCUAAUGAAGAGAUGUGGCAAGCCAGGAUGAAGACACCAUUCUUCAUCUUCAACCUGGCAGAAACGGUGCCUGUGCCUUCGGAUGUGAAAGCUCAGCUCUAUGCGCAUGCGUACAAUCUUUAUAAGGAGAUCGUGUAUUUACGAAAAGAACAUCCCGUGAACUGGCACAAAAACUACGCCAUCGCCUGCGAGCGGAUGCUGCGCUUCCAGAAGGGAGCCGCGGAUGCCGAGGUCCUGUUGUCUGAGACCAUCAGACACUUUCAUCUCUACGCUCAAAAAGCACAGAAUGAUCCACAGCUCACUGAUAUUUUAGCUGCUCUCAAGGACCUAAGGAAAAAACUGCACAGUCUGAGAAAUAUGAAAAAUGUCAGAGGCAGCAAAAUGUGAAAAGCCCGCUCUCACUCAGCUCCCAACGUUCUGAAGUCCAAAAGUUUUUCCUCCAAGAAAAGAAACUGCAAACUAAGUUAUUGCCCAGAUACAAAUAACCUGGUGCAGCAGUGCUGCCUAAUCAAUGUUGAGUACCCACGAUGUAGUAUUUAUGCAAAGUCUGUUUACCCUGUUACCAAAUUAGCGUUUCCAGGAGAAGCUUCAGAAAACUCUUCUUCGUACCUCCCACCACACAGCCUUUCACCAAAUGACUGUGUUUGAUUACACUUUAGAAGAGAAUGAGUUAUUUUCAUCUACUUAAAAUAUUGACCAUGAAUCCUUAAGGACCAUGCUUUUGAGAUGUUCUAUGGGUGAAAUUCAUAAAGUUUUCAUGCCAAAGAGAUUUUGUUUUUGAAAGUGAAAUAGUUUUUUUUUUUAAAAAAAAAAAAAAAAGAAUGAAUCAUGUUUUGAUUGAAGUUUAGAAUUUUUUUUCGAAAAAAGGAACUGUCAUUGUUCCACGCAUCACACUGCAAGGUACACACCAACUGGGUAUUACCAUGAAAAGGUUUGUCUUAGAGGCAAACCUUUCUCUCACAUGAUGUUUUAGGGAGUUUGCCACAUUGACUAAAGAGGAAAGCUAAUUUGGUGCACAAAUUGGCAAGUAAAAAGCAUUUCAUAUUUACUUAAUUUUGUAUUUAUAUUUUACUUCUCUAUGGACUCACAAAUCUAGACCCAAUGACUAGCAGGUUCCUGCUGCCCAAAUGCAAAUUAAAAAAAAAGAAAAAAAAAGUGUCUGUAGGGAUUGGGGUGGGAUUGUUCGAUAAAUUCAUUUCUGUUACAAGCAUCUUUUAUACCUAUUACUAAAGAGAACAUAGUAAGAAAUGCAAAUAAUAGUUCUUUAUUUAUUAUGACAGUUAAUUAAUAGCAACCUGUUUUAAUGAAUAAAGUCACUCAGAGUCCUUCAGUACUUCCUAAGUAGAGGCCCAAAUCUAUAGGGAUUCUUUCCCCCCAAUUGUGUGGCUCCUGGACUCCAGGCACUAUAUAGGCCCCUGUAUAGAAAUGCUCACUAAUGAAGAGGGAGGGCUCGAAGCUUGUCUGCAUUCAAAGAUCACUGGUGAGUCAUUCAGCAAGAAAAGGCCCCUUACCAGGAAUACUCACAGUUCCGUGGCAUUGUACUAGCAAAAGGGUCUGAUCAAAGGUCUCCUGCGGAGCUUGCAUGGUUCCCUUUCAUACUACGACCAUAAUUAAAACCACUAAUUCUCUUUUAAAAUGCUGCAGGAUGCCAUGUAGGCAUCUGUCUGGAGUGUCCUUUGUGAUGUCAUAAGCUGUUAAGGACCAGUGCCGAGGGCUUUUGAGCGAAAUGCCAGUCAUGAAGGUGCUUCAAGACAAGGGUGCCUCUAAAAGCUUGACAGGCCUUGACUGCACAAUUCGAGCUGAAUUUGCCCCUUGUCAGCUGCCAGUAAAUAAAUCUCAAAGGGGGAAAAGCUGAAGUUUCAUUACCUGAUCCAUGGGGCUUUGUUGGUUUUGGCAUCACACAGGGGAAGCUCUUGCCCCUCCAUUCUCUGCAUUUGAAGAUGUCCAUUGGAGCCUGCAGCGCCUGGACAGGGUUCAGAGCGGAACCUUUUGAAGAGUGUCAAUAGUUGUAACAGUUCAGCUGUUAGGAAGACAAAUAAAUGGAGGAGCUCAUUAAUCCGCUUUUGGCUCUCAGUGCCUUUUGCCCUUUUAUCACAGCCUUAUUAGGCUCCUACUCAUCUUGAACCAGAAAAAAAUGAAUUGAAGUUGUUGAGUACUAAUUGGCAAAGACUUUUAAUCAUGGGCCAAGAACUUUCACUGACUUGAAAGUAACUUCUCCACAGGGAAGAACCCAAGACCUGGGUUACCUUAAAACAAAAACCUGUUGGAGUUCAGUGUGGUGUAAAAAUUUAAGGAAGCGUUGAUAAAUUGUUUAAGUUUAUCCACUUGAAAGAAAUUAUGAAAGACUAUGAUUUUCACUUUUCUGGGGGAAAGAAGGGCAAUAAAAUGCAAAUGGUUCUUAGUA